AUGAGCUGCUACAAGCUGUCAGAGGUCAUUUGUCAUGAAAUCGAGGCAAUGUUGGCAAGAUUCUGGUGGGGAGCAAAGAACGGGGAACGAAAGGUUCAUUGGAUUAGUUGGGAGAAGAUGGUUGUGUCAAAAGGAUCAAGAGACAUGGGUUUUUGUGGUAUCAACGAGUUUAACACGAGUCUUUAUGGGAAGCACUACUGGAGGCUAAUGAACAGUGAAGACUCUCUAGUAGGGAAAGUUUUCAAAGGAAGGUAUUAUCCUCGGUCAUCCAUUGAAGAAAGCUCACUCGGUUAUGCCCCUAGUUAUGAUUGGAGAAGCAUACUGAGUGCAAGAGAUCUAAUUCAUAAAGGAGCCAGGUGGAGAAUAGGCAACGGGGAAAAGGUGCGAGUGAAUUCGGAUAGAUGGGUUCCCAAAGAGUUUGAUUUUUGGAUUAGAGGUAUCUUGAGAAACAUUGAUGAUGAAACGAAGGUGAGUGAUACAGACUUACGGAAAUGGAAGCGCGAACAUAUCUUCUCUUCUUCUGAGCCUGAAGUUGCACAAAAGAUUGUCAUUAUUUCAUUAUCGUCCAGAUCAAGCAAGAAACCUGGCCCUUCUAGAUUGUCGUGCACAAAGCUGUGGAAGAAGAUUUGGAGUGCACCGGUGAACACGAGAACCCACAACUUUCUGUGGAGGAUGUCAAAAAACAUUCUCCCAACAAAAGACAAUCUCUCCAGGAAAGGAAUCAGUUUAGAUUCAUCUUGCCCCCUGUGCCAUACUGAGAAGGAAUCUGCGAGUCACCUCUUUAUGCACUGUGUUUUUGUGAAGCAAAUUCUGUUCUCUUCUCCUUUGAGCUACCGUGUCCCAACUGAUUGUGAUAUCAAGGAUUGGCUACUGGAUAUUCUUUCUUGUGGAGACAAAAUCAAGGAUCCUGUUCGAGUGGUGGACGAUGCUCUGAUUGGAGUGGCUGAAAAAUGGCCAAAGGAUGUCCACACUAUACAGGUAGAUGCAGGGGUGAGUCCCGACAGGUCUAUAGUUUUUGGGGGCGUAAUUCAGGUCUGCGAGAUGAAGAUCAUUAUUGCUGCAAGUAAGGAGGUUUCGAGGACGGAUACGGUGGUGGCUGAGAUGCUGGCCAUAAGAUGGAGCCUUGGCAUUGCAAAGGAUUUGAAGCUUGAUAGGGUACUCUUGCAAUCAGAUGCACUUGGAGCUGUUGACUGCAUAAAUGGUUAUCAGAGCAUAGCAGUGAUUGAUCAUAUUGCUGAAGAUUGUAGAGUUUUAUUGAGUUCCUUUAACUUUGCUUCUGUGAUGUUUAUCCCAAGAACUUCUAAUGCUGAUGCCCAUAACUUAGUAGGGAUUGGAAAGAGGACAGGAUCUAGGACUUGGCUUGGUUUCUACCCUAAGGAGGUUCCUGAUGUAACCAACUGUAUUUUGAUUUCUUCUGUUUAA